CGCCUCCACAUAAAUCUCGCACAAAACAUUUAUUUCACAACAUCUCGCGAGAAGAAAACGAUCCAAAAUGGCGACUGCGGCGAAGUUCUUGGGUGGUGUUUUUGUUUUGAUUUUGAUUUUCAACCCUGCAUGGACUAAGAUAACUUCUAGGAAGCAAUUGUAUAGACCUCAAGUCGUUGAGAGAUCCUCCUCAGAAGACAGCGAUCCUCUACAACCUCACAGACCAGAGAGAAGUACACAUGUAGGUGCGGUAAAAAGCACGAAAACACGACUAGAGAGCAGUGUUUUCGUUUUGGGGACCAACAGAACAAACCACAACCAAGCGAUUAUCCACUGGUCGGGAGAAAACAGCGAGGCAAUAUUUGUCCUGACCAGAAGAAUAGCCUAUAAUCAAUCUGUGAUGGACAGCACGUUUUGGAGAUCAACUGAUGAUGGCCACAACUUUAACAAUGAGACCAACAAGUUUACAGCGGGAACUGUUCUAUCACACUACUACGUUUGUCCUAUCAACAAGAACAAGCUCAUACUACUGAUCGCCAACAACAAGUCCCUGUACUACACCGAUGAUGAAGGAACAACGUACCACCUGGUCCAAAACCUGCCGUUCCAGCCUACUGACCUGAUGUUUCACCCCAGUCGUGAUGACUGGGUGCUAGGCUAUGACUCCCACUCGCAGAAGCUUUACAUUUCUAUGAACCUUGGACGACAGUGGAACACUCUACAUACCCAUGUAACAAAGGGACACUAUUACUGGGGUGUGAAAGGAGUUGACAAGGAUGAUCACUUGGUCCAUAUGGAGGUGUACGACAGCCAUGCAGGUGGCUAUUUGUAUGUCAGCUGCCUCAUUCCCCACUGUUCUCACAAGAACGCUCACCGUGACCUGAGCACCGUCGACAAGAACUCAUUACUGGUCCAAGACCAGUACAUCUUUGUUGAGAAAUCAGCAGUUGAGGUGACCAUGUACGUGUCGUGGAAGCGUGGAGACUUUCAGAAGGCAGUUUUGCCCAGGAACGUAAGAGCUGAGGAUUUCCACAUCCUGAGUACAGAUGAGGACCAGGUUUUCCUGGCAGCAAACCAUCGUGACAACCUGACCAGCCUGUACCUGUCAGACACUACAGGGCUGUACUAUGUUCUCACACUGGAGAACGUGGUUGCUCUGUCCCUACCCAGUGGCUUUCUUGUGGAUGUACAAGAGGUGAAAGGCCUGAAGGGAACAUUUGUGGCAAACCAACACACCCCCAGGAGAGACCCUCGUACCCUCAUCACCUGGGAUAAGGGCGGGGAGUGGAGCCUUGUGCAGGCACCUGUAAAUGACAUCCAUGGGCAACCCUUCAACUGCACUUUGCCAUCCUGUUCCCUCCACUUGCACAUGGACUUCAGCAAAACCAUUUACCGCAUUCCCUCCAUCAUGUCCAGACAGUCAUCCGUGGGCCUGGUCAUGGCACAAGGUAAUGUUGGGGAUGAUUUGGACUCCAUAUCAUCUGAUGUCUAUGUGUCACACAAUGGAGGACUCACCUGGGGUCAGGUUUUGGAGGGUCGUUACUAUGUUGUGUUUACGGACCAUGGUGGGGCCAUUGUAGCAGUCAAGCUGCAGUCUGGCAAGCCUACAGACACUUUGGAGUACAGCUGUACAGAAGGUCAGAAGUGGGAGUCAUUCAAGUUCACGGACACCCCACUCCUGAUCGACGGGGUGCUGAACGAGCCAGAAGAGGCCACACUCAUCAUCCUGAUAUUUGGUCACCUCCAGUCAGACUCCCGCUGGUACGUGGUCAGACUGGACUUUGGGUCCAUCCUGACAGCCAAGUGUACUGACCAGGACUACACCACCUGGGUGCCCAGUGACCAGCUGGGAAGACAUUGUUUACUGGGUGAAAGGAAAGUGUAUGAGAAGAGGAAGGUAGAGUCAGAGUGUUACAACGGGAGGAACUACGAGAGAGAAAUCAACACAACUAUAUGUCAGUGUACGCCGGAGGACUUUGAGUGUGAUUAUGGUUUCCAGCGGUCCGGUGCAAACAGGACAGUGUGUUUGGUUACUGACUGGUUUGACCCAAACAAACCGCUGGGUGAAUGUCCUGAAGGACACUUCUUCCUCAGGAGCUCGGGGUAUAGGAAGAUUCCAUCUGACAACUGUACAGGGGGUGUUACGGACCAGUACAAACCCCACCAGGUGCCAUGUCCACUGCAGAAGGCGGAGGGACUGCACCUGACAGCUGAUGUGGGACCUGCGGCACCCACGCAUACCAAUGUCACCUUCCACCUUACUCAGGACAGGGGCUCUAAAGCGAGUACUGUCUACACCUGGGACUUUGGGGAUGGUGUCGUGACCUCCCAGCCAGGUCUGAGCAACAGCUCCACUCAGGUGCACAGCUACGACACGGCGGGAACGUACGCAGUCUCCGUGUCGGCAAACAACUCCGCAGGGUGCACCUCCACCACCAUGUACAUCAAGGUCAAUGAUAAGAUCACCACCCUGAAGGCAUGUGCACCCUCAGCACUGUGUGUCAACAAACCCUGGAACUUCACUGUCACUCCAUUGGCCGGGGAUGGUCAUGUGCCAACAAUCAGUAACCAAUCAGGGCUCGGACUCAUCCACUAUGUGUGGGACUUUGAUGAUGAAGAGGAGACGGACACCAGGACCCCCCUGUUGUCCUGGCGGCCGUCCAUGGUGCAUACGUACAGAGAGACAGGAAAGUACAGCUGGACAGUGGAGGCCAUCAACCCUGUCAGUAGGAUACAGCAGGAGGAGGACAUACAAGUCUACGAUAUCCUGAAGACACUGGAGCUGUCCUUCACAGCUACCUUAGACAUGGCCAACAAGGGGACAGCACAGUGGAGACAGCAGUUUGGUGACCUUCUGGAGAAACAGCUGCAAGAGGUGUUGAACGUGUCCGCUGCUCACCUGGCAGUGACAGUGUUCCCGUACAUCCCCACACGGGUGCUGGUGUCUGUGUUCCCACCCUGUAACCUCACCGCAGAGCUCUCUGUACCAGAGAAGGACAGCGCAGAAGCAGCCAACUGUGUGAAUGAACUCACCAAGACACUUAAGGCUGCUGUUGAUGCUGAUAAAGUUACCAUGAUCCUUGCUGGUGGUUUGAUAGUCAAGGCUCUGAGGGUUUACGUCCUGCAAGAAUGUGCCCCUCCCAUUCCUCAAGCACAGGGCAGUUACCAGUCUGUUAUUAUUGGAGUUUUGGCCCUGGUGAUCAUCAUCAUCCUGUUACUGCUCCUUGGCUACUUCUGGAAAAGAAAACGUGAGAGAAGUAACUGGUACUCCCAGAUGCCGGCCCCGCCCAGCCUGAUGAACGAUGCUGGGGAGAUGCUGUCUCCUGCGGAGGACCUGCUGGACCAGGAGAUCACUGAGGAGGAGUUCCUAGAUGACAUCGAGGACGACUCCUUCCAACCAGUAAGCCAACCGACCUUGGUGAUGAUGUCAGGAGUGGGGCCCAGCACUGGCGGAGGAGGGAACAUGCCCUGUUAGCUGUCAAUCACAAAAGAAGGAGGACCCAGCAGGUUUAAUCCACCAUAUACUGAUCCUAACUAUCUAUCACAAUUAGCAGUUUGACCAAUGAUAGAAUGAUAGAGUCCUAUGGCAGUUAGUGGUUUGACCAAUGAGAUACAGUAGUUCCUACAUGUGAGUCAAAUAGUUGCAUUUUGAUGUUUUUAUGCUGCAUUUCUACAUUUUGAUGUAGGUGUUUGUGGGAUCAGUUUUAUUAUUGUGAUGUAUUGCAUCAUCUGUGUGUUUGUGUGUGAUGUGGAGGAAUGAUUUUACUGUAUCAAUUUUGCCAAUAAUGUUAAGGAAAAAAUUGGCUGUUAAUUAGUAACAGAUGAGUGGCCACAUUCCAUGAGUUUUCAGUCAGUCUUAGCUGUGUAAUAUGUCAAUGAAAUCAGAGUAUGGAUGGGAGUAGUCGUGUACUACUGCCAAUUGAAAACAGUGGGAGGAGCUGAGAAACGUAUAACUGUGGUUUUCAGGAUAAUCCUUGUGCACCAUAGCUGCCAGUGGUCCUUAAUUGAGGUUAUGUAUGUGCAGGUUUGCAAGAGUAAAUAGGCUGGCACCCAGGCCACUGUAAGGCUAUCAAAGUGUUUGGUAUAUUCAAGACUAUUGCAGGGGAGCUGCGGCAUAUUUAGCUGUUUUUUUACCAGGCUAUUUUCUCAUGGUAUAUUUCUGUUACGCUUGGUUUCUAUUGCACUAGAGCAAUAGAAAUGAGGUACAUGUACCGCCGUAUGUCAUUAAAAAAGUGUGACUCAUAGAGCUAAUGCAAUGUCAUAUAGUAUGCAAUUUGAUUACUGGUCAACAAAAUCUGUACUUUUUGGCAAUGCCUCAAGGCAUGAGCUCUUUUUUAUUCUAAUUACCUAUAGGCUAGCAGCAGUAUGGCAUCACAAUAUGUACAAUGUAUACUGUAAAUUCUUUUACUUUUGCAGUGAUAUUACUUCACAGCAGGAAGAAAAAGGAUGGUUUCACCUGGGUUUUUUUUAAUUUGUUGUUGAAGAAGUUCUGUAGCACAGUAGUCAUACAAUGGGGUGCCAUGAAUUUGCAUUUGUGCAAAAAUGCAAAAUCAAAACCAAUCCCACCAUGUACAUAACAUUGUGCACUCUAACCGAGGAAGCAGUUAUGCUACCCUGUAUUACAUGAUUGUAUAUCUUAAAGCCUAAAGAUUCAUUCCAACCACUAACUCUUAUUCACAUGUAUGAACAUGUAGAUAGCUGUAUUACAAUGUAGUACGAGCAGUGUUGUUGCAGCAUAUGUAGUAGCUUGACUGUAAAUAUUUGAACUAUUGUUGUCAAGAGAUUAACAAGAGAAAUAUUCUUGUCUGUAUGUACCAGAAGAGUAUACUCAUAUGGUUAUGUUGUGAAGUAAAAGCCACAAGAGCUGAAAGUGAAAGAUUUAAACUUUAUCACGAUAUGUAUGCAGUUUUAAUAUGAUAACUUAUUUUAGACUAGAUACACCUUGUAGGUAAAAGGCAAUACUGGAGGUAUAGAGAUAUUGCUUGUUUACUGUAAUACAACCAGCUGCUGCCGCAACGCAUGCCUGCAAAGCUGCCGGUAUUAUUGUACGUAGAAUAGUAGUUAUACCAGGUAUACAGAAACAGCUAGGGAACAUUUUCUUAACAAUGUACAAUCAAAUGCAUUGAAAAUCAUCGUCAGUAGAUGCAAGCAUAAGUUAAAGACUAGAGAUGCAAACUCUUUUUGUUGUACUACAAAUGUAUUGUCUUUGUGAUGUGAAUAGAAUGCAUGGUGCCAACAGUUGAGGUGCUAUAUGGUUUGCAAAGAAAUGUCAUGCAAACAGUAUUUGAUAUUUAAUCUAGAUAACUUUUCAUUUUUCAUUGCUGUGCCUGUUUGUUUUGUUUUUCUUCUAGUUUUAUUGUCUCUGUUUGUUUUUAUUUCAUCAUUCUUAUUUAUUUUAUCUAAUUUGCUGUUUUUAGCAUCAACUUAGCUAAGUUAGUCUUAAGGUUGGUUGUUCAGCUGGGUGUCUCAUGGAAUGUUGCAUCUAACCAUGGGACCACUGAACUUAUGAACUUACAAGUUAAACAUUUGGUAGAGUGAAACAGUCAUGUUGGACGAACACUACUUCCCUUUGCCACACAGCUUCAGGGCAUUCCUAUAUGAUGCUAAUCAUAUAUACAAGUGUGUAAACUUCCAUAAGGCAUUGAAGAAAAAAUGUCCAAAAUUUAAAAUAUAAGUAACAAUGAAGGUGAACUGAACUUACAGAAAAUGGUAUAAUCAUAGCAAUUCAUUGUGUAAAUCAUUUGUUCCUCCUUCAAAUUAUUUGACAAAUUAUAUAAUUUUACUUAUAUGUACUAAUUAAUGAUAUUGUCAAAAAUCUUUUCAUUUCUUUGUCCUAUGUUAUGAAACCAUUCCUGAGAAAUUUUGUUUCUGUGUAGUGUAAUGUAUGAACUUGGAAUUAUGACUUGAAGCUUAUGUGAUAUGUAAAUAUUUGAAUGUCAUUUUGGUAACUAUUUUGUCAAUGGCUCAAGAGCAGAGGCUAAGGAAGGUUCACUAAGUGUGGUUUAUACAAAAUCCCUGUAACGGUUGCAAAGGUAGUAUUUUUGUUUGGAAGAUCAAUGUGUUUUGUCAAUCAAGAUAACAUUAAACUGAAUACAGUGUCAAA